UAUAUUUGCCCUGCAAGGAGAUCUCUUCCUUCCCAUUUUAAAAGAGUCUCGUGCAUCAUUCAAUCAACUCUCUCUCUCUUUCUCUCUCUCUCACCUCCUCUCCGUCUUCUCCACCUAGCUUUGUUCAUCUUGUUAUCCCAAGUCUUCCUUCUAGCUAGGUCUUCGGUCUCGGACAUGAGUGGGAGCAACUUUGGGGACAGCAUGGGGUGGAGUAGUGGGAGAUCGUCUGGCUCGAGAAGGGGCAAGAGAGGCGGCAGCGGCGGCGGCGGCACCGACAAGCCCAAGCAACCGCAGCGAGGGCUCGGCGUGGCGCAGCUUGAGAAGAUUAGAUUACAGAGCGAAAUGGCGGAGUACUUCCAUCCUCUCGGCCAGCCCCCCAGUUUGAUCCACCGAACGGGCAGCCUCAACUUGCAGGAGGAUGCACGGGCGUCGACGUCCUCGCUGUCGUCGUCGCCAUCUUCCUCCUUCCAUCCUACCACCAUCUCGUCGCCGUUCCCAAUCCAUCAAAAUUUCGCGAUGCCAUACGGAGAGAGAGACGUACGAUAUAGUGAAUUCCAAGCUCCCAUCAUAAGAUCACCGAGCAGCAGUGCUGUCUAUGGCAACCCACAUUACACGCAGCAUCCUAACAUCACAUUGCCUCUCUUUGAACCACAGGAAUCAACCCGAUUGAAGGGACACCAUGAUCGAAGUCAGUCAGCAGAUUCAACAAGUUUGAACUCCGACGACCCACAAGACGUGGACCUUGAACUCAAGCUAUGAUCCUAAAAUGUUCCUAGCUCCUUUCUCCUCUCCUUCGAUGUGAUCUUAUGUGAUAGAUUUGUUAGUCUUCAUGGCCUUUUCACUUGUGGUGCAAUAAGUUUCUGAAUUGGUGCCACUAGUCAGAACCAAUGCAAGAGGAUUUGCCGCCUUCUCUGUAAUGAUAUAUGAUGCCUGCUGCCAGAAGAGAGAAAUAGUAUUAACGUGCUUUUUUAAUCAAGACAUGCAUGUUGUGCAUGGGCAUGGGAUCUGGUGAUCAUAUCUAGCAGUUGUUCUGAUUGUACUGUGAAGCAUAGAGAUGUGUUGACUCUUGCCUGCAACUGCAAGCAUACACUGACACAGUUGGUAUAUGGGUUUUCAUUAAUUUAUGCAACACAAUUUCA